AAUACUACAUGCAUAUCACUAGUUGCUCAUGGUUGUCAUUUUAUAUUUGAAUUUCAAUGUAAGGUUAAAUGUGUAUCACAUGUUUCUUUUGCUUUUAUAAAAUAUUUUAAAAUAAUAAAAUGGGCAAAGCAAAGAAGAUAAAGGUUUCUAGGAGUGAAAUGAAACAGCCAAAAAUGGCUUUAGGUGAUCAAAUAGAAGAAGGAAAGAUUGCGAAAUCGAGAAACAGGCAAAAGAACAGAGUUCGCAAGGAAGAUGACGAUAAGUUUGUGGAUCCUAUUCUUACAAAACGAAUUUUAACUCAAGCCAGACAACAACAAAUGGAAAUUGAGGAGGAAAAUGCAAUUGGACGAACAUCAGAAUCUGUAAAGAAACCAGUAGUAAGCCUUAGUACUAGUGACAUAGAGGAACCAUCAAGUGAAGAUGAACAUGAUAACGUACAGUAUUAUGAAAAUAUUGAAAUAAAUGAAGAAGACGAACGUGCUAUACAAAUGUUCAUGUCUAAGGAUCCUGUGCCUAUGAAAACAUUAGCUGACAUAGUAUUAGAAAAGCUAACAGAAAAGAAAACAGAAAUUGAAACUCAAUUUUCAGAUGUAGGUUCUAUUCAAAUGCAAGAAUUGGAUCCAAGAGUGAAAGCAAUGUAUGAAGGUGUUAGAGAUGUAUUAACAAAAUAUCGUAGUGGGAAAUUACCUAAAGCAUUUAAAAUUGUUCCUAGUUUGAGAAAUUGGGAACAAAUAUUGUAUAUUACUGAACCAACAAAAUGGUCAGCUGCAGCAAUGUAUCAAGCUACCAGAAUAUUUGCCUCUAAUCUUAAAGAAAAAAUGGCUCAAAGAUUUUAUAAUUUGAUAUUAUUACCAAGAAUUAGAGAUGACCUAGCAGAAUAUAAGAGACUCAAUUUUCACUUAUAUCAAGCAUUAAGGAAGGCACUAUUUAAACCUGCUGGUUUCAUGAAAGGAAUUUUACUUCCACUAUUAGAAUCUGGAACAUGUACGUUAAGAGAAGCUGUUAUUAUUGGAUCUGUAAUUGCUAAAAAUUCAAUACCAAUUUUACAUUCUUCAGCAGCAAUAUUAAAAAUUGCAGAAAUGGAUUAUACUGGAGCUAAUAGUAUUUUCCUCAGGAUAUUUUUAGAUAAAAAAUAUGCUCUUCCUUAUAGAGUUAUUGACGCAGUAGUAUUUCAUUUUCUUAGAUUUGAAAGAGAUUCUAGAGAGCUACCAGUUUUAUGGCAUCAGGCAUUAUUAACUUUUGUACAACGUUAUAAAAGUGAUAUUAGUUCUGAACAGAAAGAAGCUUUGUUAAGAUUACUAAAGAAACAAUUUCAUCAUACAAUUACAGCUGAAGUAAGAAGAGAAUUGCAGUAUGCUAAAUGCAGAGACACAGAAAUCACAGAACCUGCAUUAGAACCAAUGAUUUGUUAGAGAGUUAGCAAUCGAUGUAUUGUUGUUGUACAUACUUGAAACACUUGAAAUAUGAAUCUAUACUCUGAUGAAAAUUUGACGAUAAUAAUUGAACAUAAUAAUUAUACAAUAAAAAUAUCAGCUAGGCAAUAUUAAAGUAUAUUAUGUUUGUAUGUACUCAACAUUAAGUAACUAUAAUCAUUUUUGUUAACGAAUGAGUUAACAAUUUAUAAUCUUUUUAUAAAUAAAAAGUUUAAUGUAUAAAUAUAUAAAUUC